UUUCCUCCAAACAAUGCCGAAGGGAUGAGCCUGCCAUGCCCGUACCGGCACGUUUCAUAUGCGACAUGGCGCCUGGACGUCAUUCGAUCUCUGUGCCAGUCCCUCGACGAGCCCCAUCUCAGACCAUCAGCCCUGCCGCGACGAGGAUAUCAAAAACCUUCCGUACCGAAUGCCAGCACUUCUAGAUCCGCAACCAAGCGCGGGGAUAGUGCAACUGAACGUAAUGGACCAACACCAGCGAUUCCCCCUGCUACAGAAUCAGGCAAGAAAGACACCGAGCCAGGCGGAACUUUCAGUCCUUACAGCGAGCCUGGCCGUCAAGCCAUCAAGCAGUUAUUAUCGGACUUGAAGAAAGCAAGCAAGAAGAUUCAGUUGGGCAAAGAGAAUGUAGAAUCCUACCCGUUUGGACUACACAAGUCAUUGAUUCUUGAUCCACCCGGGGAUGCAGAUACGCAAGAUAGCCCGUCACUACGUCUUUCGACCGAUGUACCAUUGCGCAAAUAUCAUUCCACGCAAGGAGAGUCCCCGGAUGCAAACAGUGUCGAGGGACAGCAAAUUAUUGAAGACUUGCUCUCGGGGCUCCAGGAAAUAAGCAAGAACGUCCACCGCAGGGUUGAAAAUAGCGCCGGUUCACACCUUCCGGAAAGAGAGACACCUCCCACCCUUGAAUCACCCAUUGUCGCACAGGUCGCCGACGCGGCGCGGCGACGGGAGGAAAGGAAAGAGCACCCAUCAUACCGACGCAUAAAAGGAUUGAAGAAUAAUCCGUGGGCGGAGGUGAUCGCAAGCCCCCUCCGAGCAUGUCAAGGUAGUGGCGCAAGACUGCCAUCCGACCUGUUGCUGGACUUUGGAUACGUCAAGAAUCAAAAGGAUGGCAAGAUAUACCUGAUGCCGGCGGAACUUGCGGACCUGGAUGCUUUCGAAGCAAGACUGGCAGCAGAGCUGGCGACAUCGGAGGCUCGACCACGAAUACUCGAAGGCGGGACGGGAGUGAAGGGAGACAAUCAAUCCGCCAUCAAGGAUGGCGCGACUGAAGGUGUUGGCGCCGAAGACGGUUCUCCAAGCAGCUCAACAGAAGCUCCUCAAAAGACUACCGACCAUCUAGCACCAACUCGAAGAUAUAUCCCCGUACAGAGCCGUCUGUUAUCCAAUAUCACUUUCCUCCGCCUCGUGACCGACAAAACAACCCAACCUGCCAAGAAACCAUCCAAAUUUCCAUCGCCAACUACACUCGAGACGAUAUCUGGGGAGGUGGGCAAAUUAGUCCACUUCGACGCGCGUGAGUCCACCUCAACAGCACAGCAUUACCUCCAAAAUAAAUACCGAUUUCACUCGACGAUUGGCGAUCAAGAUGCGGCCAGGAAGGACCCAACGGGCUCUGGUGCACCUUCAACCGUGCAAGCGAAAGCAAGAUUCAACUUAAACAGGUUGCAAUGGCAGCCUGAUAUAUAUCUGCGGAUUGCAGAGAUCAUGCGAAACCGGAUCUUUAUUGCGAUGAAGUUACUGGCACAUGCGGAGUCCGCUGCCAGGUCUCAGGCCUUGCCCGUGAGGCCAUCGGGUGUGAUUGCCCUGCCAACCCCUCAGGAUGGCAUAUUCAAAGGUGAAGAGCUACGACGUUUGAUGAGGGGAACAUCUUCUGUGACCGCCUCUGCAGGCUCGAGGAUUCGAGCCGUUGCAAGCGAACGCAAAGAGAGUCCAUCUCCAAACGGUGACUCGUCGUCCACUUUGGACGCCGAUCCUCCUGUACCGACCCAGAUCAGUCCUCUCAUGGCCCAGGAACCAGAAUACCACGUGCUGGGCCAUUCAGAGUGGCUCCCAGGAAGCAUCUUCCUACACGUCGGAAACGAGGACGUGGCAACCCCUAUCUCCUCGGCCUCUUCAUCAUCGUCCCUCCCACCCUUGCCGUCAAACAACCCCCUGAUCCCUCCCAUGAUCACCGUCCUGGAUAGAUAUCGGUUCCCCGUCUUCUCCAUCAAUCACCUGUUCACGAAUAUCUCUGUACCUGGAACUUUCGACCUGGAAGAACUCGAAAAUCUGAUACGUCAAGAGUCAAUCUUGCAACAUCCCAACAAGACGUCGAGCAGCAGGGGCGGUCCGGGAGGCUACCUUCUCCUAAUACGGCCCAUACCAGGUCCGCCGAAGGCCGUGAUCGAAGAGACCUGGCGUCUUUGGCGGUAUUUGGGUGGCAAGAACAUGGAUAUCUCCUUCGCUUCCGGAACUGACUGAGGGUCGGGGUCGAGUACAGAUCAGCACGGCAGUUAUAAGGAGAGUGAGGACACAGGGCACGACGAAAAGAGAAUUCCCAAGGCCGAGCGUUAAACCGGAGCCAUAAGAAAGGACACUGUGAACGGCAGACUUGCAUCGCGCGCGAGGCGGCAAUAGACGCGACUACCCCCGAUUUGGCUCCUGUCGAUUGCAACGUUCUCCGAAGGAAAGGCAAGGCAAGGCAAGAAGCGGAAGAGCUAGCUCCCUACUAUAGAAAGGGGCGCUCUGUUAAUUCCUUAUGCGUCUAGUUGGGCUAGACGCAAAAUGUAAUAUCAGGUCACUUUGCAAACAACCUCUCGAUUUUUCUCGACUGUAAGCCAAGGGAAAGGGAAAAUUGGGAACAGGCAGUCCCAGCGGAUCGGCGGAAAGGGAGCUGAUGAACAAGUUUCCGACUCAUACAUUGUUGCCCGUCAUUGAACCCUGUGCUUCAUAAUAUGCUACUGUAAUGGCGGUCGGACACGGCCGCCCUGCUCAUGUAAUAAAUAACCUCAGAU